AUGGGGCUUCAUAAUCCUUUGCCUGCUUCUUUGAAAAGUGAAUGCAAAAAAACGGGAAAAAUUUUAACUAGUUUUGUGGACCCUAGACAAACUCUCGGAGCUCAGGAAGUCAUUCCUCCCUCCGUACUGACGAAUGCAAAAGGAUUGGUGAUUAUGACAGUUUUAAAAGCUGGCUUUCUAUUUUCUGGAAGAAUUGGAUCUGGACUAAUUGUUGCUCGUCUCGACGAUGGCACUUGGUCAGCUCCUUCGGCUGUUAUGACUGGUGGAAUGGGUGUGGGUGCCCAAAUUGGUUCCGAGUUAACUGAUUUUGUAAUUAUUUUGAACUCAAAAAGUGCCGUACAAACGUUUGCUCGCUUGGGAAGUAUCACCCUUGGCGGAAACUUGUCUGUUGCUGCCGGUCCUUUAGGCCGAAAUGCUGAAGCUGGUGGUGGCGCUAGUGUCGGUGGAAUGGCCCCUAUAUUUUCGUACAGCAAAACAAAGGGUCUUUUUGCAGGUGUUUCACUCGAAGGUUCGAUUUUGGUUGAGCGCCGUGAUGCAAACCGCAGUCUUUAUAGAGGCGAUAUAAAUGCGAAGCGACUUCUCACUGGCCAAGUCCCUCAGCCAGCAGCAGCAGAUCCUCUUUACAAAGUAUUAAAUUCUAGAAUUUUCAAUAUGUUCCGAGAAUACGAAGGCGACAUAUAUAAUGAUGUUCCCAUCUACGCAGAGGAUGAGCCUGAAGAUAUUUGGGGUCCACCUGGAUCUCGUACCAGACGUGAUACUUUAGAUAAAGAUUCUGCAUACACAUCUCGAAGAUCGCAACCUAAUCGGAGCAGUCGUCGUUAUGCCGACGACGAGGAUGAAGACGACUAUGACCACUAUAGAAACAGGCCGACUUCCAAAUCCACUCGCUCCUCUAUUCGCUCUUCUCGUGCUAAAAACGGUGGCUUUCAGUCCCAGUACACUGACACUCCAACCCCAACUUCAACAAAUGAUUACUAUAGUGACGAGGACCGUAGCUAUGACAGCCAUGAGGAUGAUGCUAGUAGCGGAUCUUCUCGCUUCUCCUCUAGGAGUUCCGACUAUUCUCGUCCAUCUCGUCCAUCUGCUCCAAAACCCGUGUUCAAUAAAGAUAAAAUCGGCCCUGAUCAAGUUCGUGCAUUGUACACAUUCACUGGAGAGCAACCUGGGGAUUUAUCAUUCAAGAAAGGCGACAUCAUAGAAAUUAUUCAAAAGAGUGAAUCUCAUGAUGAUUGGUGGACAGGUAGGGUUGGAUAUCAUGAAGGUAUCUUCCCAGCUAAUUAUGUUUCUCUAACAUAA